CUCAGAUUGGAUGGGAUUUGAGGUUUUAAAUUUGAUUAGAGGACAAUGAUUUUGGGAUUGUAUACUAGGAAAGCCUGUCUACCUCCGAUCGCAGACCAGCUGUACGGUCCACCUUCAUGUAUGGGUGUGUACAGCCAAACGCAAAAGUCAUGCGAAUCACGUGUCGCGCCCCAUACCGCACCACCAAGCAGCAAACGUGAACCUAGCAAAAAUACAAUUACUCCUCAAACAGGACAUGUCAGGACCUGAUAAUGGUCGGUAAGCGUGUUCAUGAUGAGGUUCGAGUGCUCGUCGUGCAGAACAGCCUCCGCAGACAAACUACUAAGGAGGUAGCAGAAUGGACCGGUAAGCACUGAAGCAC